GAAUAUCAACGGUUCAAAGAGGAAGAGAAGCAACUCUGCAUCAGUCAGAAUGAAGAGCAGCUUGUGCUGAAACAGGAGACUGACGACAUGUUGGUGAAUAAGCGGCAUAAAAGCAAAACUAACAAUUCAAAACAAAAAAGGCACAAGAAAGCUCACCCAGACCAAAUAUUAUAUUCCUGUAAAAUUUGCGAUAAAACUUUUUCUCGAAACAGUUCUGUGACUACACACAUGAGAAUUCACACGGGUCAGAAACCUUUCACAUGUCCCACCUGUGGAAAAAGUUACCAUUACAUGAGAAGUUUAAUUUGUCACUUGAGAACUCAUGGAGGUGAACAAUGGUUCACAUGUUCAAUCUGUGGAAAACAUUACCAUGCAAAGGACACUUUAAAGAAUCACAUGAGGAUUCAUGUGGGUGAGGAGCUUUACUCAUGUACGAGCUGUGGAAAAACGCUUUUCUCUAAAAAGGGUUUAACUGAUCACAUGAAGACUCACACAGAUCUGUGUAAAGAGGAGGAGGUUCUCAAUGAGACCAGCAACCAGAUGGAAAAUGCCACUUUAUAUCAAGAGGAACCAGAACCUGUGCAGAUAAAACAGGAGCAAGAAGAACCAGAACAUCAACAGUUCAAAGAGGAAGAGAAGCAACUCAGCAUCAGUCCGGAUGAAGAGCAGCUUGUGCUGAAACAAGAGACUGAUGACAUUUUGAUGAUUCCUCCUAAUGUGCAAAGAAUCCACAAUGAAACAGAACCACAGAGGAACCAACUCAUCUCUCAUGGCUCUGCUGAGGAUGAGAGCCAGGAUGAAGGAAGUAAUUCUGAAGACCCAGGAAAAAAGAGAAAGGAAGAACAAAAUCAAAAUGAGAAACAUCAGAAAACGAAAAGGCAGAAAAAUACAACUGACAGUUUGAAACUAAAAAGGCACAAGAAAGCUCACCCAGACCAAAAAUUCUAUUCUUGUAAAAUUUGCAAUAAGACCUUUUCUAGAAACAGUUCUGUGACAAGACACAUGAGAAUUCACACGAGUGAGAAACCUUUCUCAUGUCCCACUUGUGGAAAGCGUUACCAUUACAAGAAAGGUUUAAUUUGUCACUUGAGAAAUCACACAGGUGAAAAACAGUUCACAUGUUCAAUGUGUGGAAAACAAUAUUGUUCAAAGGACACUUUAAAGAGACACAUGAAAAUUCAUGUUGGUGACCAGCCUUACCAGUGUACAAUCUGUAAGAAAAGGUUUACUAGUAAAAAUGGUUUUACUGAUCACAUGCAGACUCACAUGGGUGAGAAGCCACAUUCAUGUGUGACCUGUGGAAAACAUUUUAUUUACAAAAGUUAUUUAAAUCAUCACAUGAGGAUUCACACAGGUGAGAAGCCUUUUUCAUGUACACGUUGUAGAAAAACAUUCAGUCAAAAAGGAGCUUUAACUUGGCACAUGAGAAUUCACACAGGUGAGAAGCCUUUUUCAUGCACGAGCUGUGAACAAAGGUUCACCAGGAAAGGCAAUUUAGCUCUUCACAUGAGGUCUCACACAGGUGAGAAGCCUUAUACGUGUGUGACCUGUGGAAAACAUUUUGGUUACAAAUGUUAUUUAAAUCUUCACAUGAGGAUUCACACGGGUGAGAAGCCUUUUUCAUGUGUGACCUGUGGAAAAGGUUUCUCUCAAAAAUCUAAUCUUUCUGCACACGUUCGAGCUCACACAGGUGAGAAACCUUUUCCUUGUGUGAUUUGUGGGAGACAUUUCCGGUUUAAAUCUAAUUUACUUUUUCAUAUGAAAACUCACACAGGUGAGAGUCCUUUCUCUUGUGUAACGUGUGGAAAAAGUUUCACUCGGAUAAGCAAUUUCACUGUUCAUAUGAGAGAGCACAGAGCACAUGAUGGCAUAAUUUGAACCUCAAGUAUCAAUAUUCUCAGUAAUUUGCUGUUUGAAAGCGCAGCAAUUAUAGCUGGGUGACAUUUUGUAAAUGUACCAGCUUUGUAAAA